GAGUUAAGUACCAACACUCACACUCUGUCCGUCUGUCUGUCUCACUAUUUCUUUUCCAAACACACUGAUGGAUUAUUUCCAGCUUCUUCUGCUGCUGUGGACCUGCAGCCUGCUGCCAGAUCUUCAGCUCUGCUUCAACUUCGACACAAAGAACUUCAAAAUCUUCUCUGGUUCUAAAGAAAACCAGUUUGGUUACACAGUCCAGCAGCACGAGGCAGGAGGACGCCAGUGGUUGCUGGUUGGAGCUCCCUUUGAAUCCACGGGGAAGCAGCAGACUGGUGACGUGUACAGAUGUCCGCUGGAUACCAGAAACUCUGUGAACUGCACCCGACUCCACCUGGGGAAACUUUCUCUGGACAACGUGUCUGAGAGGAAGGACAAGAUGAGGCUGGGAAUGACGCUGACCUCCAACCCAAAAGACAGCAGCUUUGUGACCUGCGGUCCGCUCUGGUCUCACGAGUGUGGAAGCUCCCUGUACAGCACAGGAAUCUGCUCCAGAGUCAGCCGAAACUUCAGACUGUCCCACACCAUCGCACCCGCCCUGCAGAGGUGUGAGACGUUCAUGGACAUUGUGAUUGUUCUGGACGGUUCUAACUCCAUCUACCCCUGGUACGAGGUCCAGGACUUCCUCAUCAACAUCCUGCACAAGUUCUACAUCGGCCCAGGUCAGACGCAGGUGGGUGUGGUUCAGUACGGCUCCACAGUGGUUCACGAGUUCAGUCUGGGUGAGUACCAGACGGCGGAGGAGGUGGUGGAGGCCGCCAGGAGCAUCGACCAGCGGGGUGGCGAGGAGACGAGGACGGCGCUGGGGAUCAACGUGGCUCGGUCAGAGGCGUUCAAGCGUGGGGGCCGGCCCGGCGCUCAGAAGGUGAUGAUCGUGAUCACAGACGGAGAAUCUCAUGACAGUCCACAGCUGCUGCAGGCUGUCACUGACAGCGAGAGAGACAACAUCACCAUGUACGCUAUCGCUGUUCUGGGUUAUUACAACCGUCGGGGAAUCAACCCUGAAGCUUUUCUGAAGGAAAUCAAGUUCAUUGCUAGCGACCCAGAUGAGAAGCACUUCUUCAAUGUGACAGACGAGUCGUCGCUGAAGGACAUCGUGGACGCACUGGGAGAGAGGAUUUUCUCUCUGGAAGGAACCAGCAGUCAGGGUCGAGGCUUCGGUCUGCAGAUGGCUCAGGCUGGUUUCUCCUCACAUUUAGUCAAAGAUGGCGUUCUGCUCGGGGCGGUGGGCGCCUACGACUGGAACGGAGCUGUGCUGAAAGAAACUAAACAUGGAAAAGUCGUUCCACCAAAAUCCUCCUAUAAGGACGAGUUUCCAGAUGAGCUGAAGAACCACGCAGCCUAUCUGGGUUACUCGGUGGGUUCACUCAUUUCGUCUCGCGGCUCUCAGCUCUACAUUGCUGGAGCUCCGAGGUUCAACCACACCGGCAAGGUCAUCGUCUUCACCCUGAAGAACACCGGAAACCUGACCAUCCUGCAGGCACUGCUGGGAGAGCAGAUCGGGUCGUAUUUCGGCAGUGAGUUGUUAUCGAUGGACGUUGACGGCGACGGACACACGGACGUGCUGCUAGUGGCAGCACCCAUGUUCUACAGCCAGGGCUGGGAGAGAGGGAAGGUUUACAUCUACACUGUCACGCCACAGACAUCAGUCAUCCUGCAGGGGGCGCUGGAGGCUUCUCGCGCUCAGAACUCGAGGCUGGGUUCAGCGUUGGCCCAGAUACCCGACAUGAACGGGGACGGGUUCAGGGAGCUGGUGGUGGGAGCACCGCUGGAGGACGACCACCAGGGGGCGGUCUAUGUCUUUUAUGGCCAGGACAAAGCCAUCCAACACCAGUACAGACAGCGUCUGUCUGCUGAGGGUUUCUCUGCAGGUCUGCAGUAUUUCGGUCAAAGUCUUCACGGGGUUUUGGAUGUCAACGGAGACGGGCUCGUCGACCUCGCAGUGGGAGCACUGGGAGCUGCUGUCAUCGUCUGGUCUCGUGGUGUGGUGCGGAUUCAGGCCAAACUGACCUUUGAACCUGAGAAGGUCAACAUCUUUAACAAAGACUGUCAGCGAGGAGGGAAGGAGGUCACCUGCAUGUCUGUUACUGUCUGUCUGAGUCUGGACUCCAGGACAAAGACCAGGACCAAGACCAGGACGGAUGUUGCUGUUUGGUACAGUCUGGGGUUGGAUGAGAGGCGUUUUCCUCCUCGAGCUGUUCUGGACGAAUCAGACCGACAGCAGCCCAAGAGUCUGUUUCUGCCGACUGGAGGUCAGAGCUGCCAACGCCUCGGCUUCUCCAUCCAGGAGACGACUGAUUACGGACGUCCCAUUGUGGUUGUCCUGGAGACGGGGCUGCAGAGCCCAGACGAGGGGCCGGUGCUGGACCCCGACUGGCCGAGCAUCCUGAGGGCCGAGCUUCCCUUCUGGAACGGCUGCGAGCAGGAAGACAUCUGCGUUCCCGACCUCAUCCUCCACAGUCACACUGACCUCAUGGACGUUCAGCAGUUCUGCAGCUCGAGGGACCGGGCCGCCUGGUCACUCUGCAGACAUCAGGUGGCGUCAGAGAGCUCGGUGUUUGUUGUGGAGACCGGGCGGAGGAGGAUGGUGGUGUUUGCUCGACUGGAGAAUCAGGGAGAGAACGCCUACGGAGCCUCCAUCCACAUCUCCACCUCCUCCAACCUCCUCUUCUCCAGCCUCAUAGUCAAGGACCAAUCAGAUAUUCAGAUUGAGUGCUACUCUGAGGACAGACUGGCCAAUCAGAGGAGCUGUAACAUCAGCGCUCCAUUCAUGAAAUCUUUGUCCCAGGUAUCUUUCCACCUGGAGUUUGAGUUCAGCCGUUCUGUCGUCCUGGAUCACGUACGGGUCGUCAUGGCGACCAGAAGUGACGGAGAAGAGGGAUACCCAGACGACAACAUCAAUGACAUCUUCCUCCCUCUGAAGUACCAAACUGACCUCCUCUUCACCAGAGACCCCAAAGCUCCUCGUUUUGAAAUCAGAGCAGACAGCUCUUCUUCUUCCUCCUCUUCAUCCUGGGACCAACCAGACAGCAGCUCUCCCACCUUCAACCUCACGUAUUAUAUCCAGAACCUGGGCAUCUUCCCAGUGCAGGACGUCCUGUUCAGGGCUGAUAUCUGGGCCGUGACCAGGCAGGAAAACCAGCUGGUGAACAUCACAGACUACAGCAUCGAGCAGCAGGUAGCUGGGUCUCACUGCAUGCUGCCUCAACACAGAGCAACCAAUCAGGUCACAGCUGAGGACGUGUCUCACCUGUCGCAGCUGAACCGCAGUAACAGUUUGAGUCUGGCGGUCCGGUGCAGACUGAACCUGCCGGCCUCCAGGGAGCUGAAGGUGACGCUCAGAGGACGACUUCAGCUUCCCGCUCUGCUCGCUGUGAGCUUCAGGUCCCUGGAGCUACUGACUGCUGCCUCCAUCCAGCUGGAAGCGUCCAGUGCCAUGUUCCUCCAGGAGGACAGACCUGUCAGACAGAUAAUCCUGGAGCUGAGGAAGGAGGAGGAUUACACCGUCCCCGUCUGGAUUAUACUGGGAAGCUCACUGGGAGGCCUGCUGCUACUGGCCUUACUGGUUCUGGCCCUGUGGAAGCUCGGCUUCUUCAACAGACGGAGGAGACAGGAAGAGGAGGAGCAGCCUGUAGCCAAUGGGAAGGCAGCAGAGGAGCUAUAAUGUGUGGGCGACAACGAUGCUGCGUUCGUUCGGUCCUCGUCAACUCGUAAAGUCACUAAAUUUAUCCCGAGUUCGGUACCUGUGUGGUUUUGGUCACGGCAUGAACUGGAGCAGUUAAACACCACUGUGAGCUGCAAAUAAUGGAAGGCAGACACAAAGUCCCUGGUUGGUUGCUGUUGCCGCCGCGGCACGUUGUUACAGGCACUUACGCAGAGGAAACGGGGGUUAGGUUAGACAUUUUACCAUUAAGUGUGGUCUAACUUGGUUUGCCAGCUGAGUGUAACUUCACGGUGGUGAACUCAGAAAUUUCGGACUUUAUGAGCUGAUGAGGAUCACCUGAAUGCAUCACGAGCCUCCACCUGUCACUCAGGGACCCUGAUGCCCCGCCCCCCCCAGCCAAUCGCUCAACCACUUACAGCUAUGGUCAGCCAAUCAGCCACGCCCCUAAACACAUGACCAGGUUUCAAUCAACCGAAAGCGUCUAUCUGCAGCUAGCGGCUCUGUGCCUCCUGACAGCUGAGGAACAAACAAACCACAGCCCCAGUUUACCGUAAAGCUCGUUUAUCAACCGGGAAAUCGGCCAACCAGCUUCAGCUCCAGUCAGUCAGCAAGCUGCUCACCAGCACCGGCCAAGAGUUAUUUCAGCCUUCUGACAGAACAAGUUCAGUUUAUUUAGUGCGUUAAGAGAGCAAGAUGCUGCACCACACUUAAAGUAAUUUAAGUCAGGCAAAGAAUUAAACAAAUAAUAACAAUAACCAAAACUCAGCACGCAGCGUUGGCAGGAAGGUAUCAGCAGAGUAAUGGCGAGGAGGUUCAGGUUAUAAUGGCCACACCUGCAUGAAUAUGAUUGGAUGUUAGUAGUCAGCUGGUAGCCACACAGCUGAUGAACGAGCCACUGAUGAUGCAUGAAUGAAGCAGCUGAUGCCAAUCUGCUAAAGCAAGUGUUAAGGUUCAGUGCUGCGUCUGAACUAACACUAUUUUUAUAUCGUCCAAGUUUCAAAUAAAUCCCCAAUUUCACCCAAUUAUCUAAACCACGUAUUUCGGUUUAUGAAAGGAAGAGAGAAAGACACCGGAGCUGCAUUUACUGUGUGGUUUCAUUCAGAUUUCAGAUGUAUUUCAGUAUUUUGAUCAGGGUUUUCCAGUACAGUCUCCAAAAACUGCAGCUCAGGACCGUUAACCAAGUCCAAAUUAUGGUUGUCUUGUACGGCACUGAUUGUACGUCCUCUGAAGGGACUGCAGAUACAAAUUAGCUUAAAGCUAACUCUGGGACUGUUAUUUUAAUGGUGGUAGUAUUGUAGUAGAGUCUAAGAUCAGGAAACAGUACAAAAAAAAUGAAGGCGAAUGUCCCCAAAAUGUCUGUCGUAAUCAUGUGCUGCUUUGAAAAAGUGUGUUAACUUCCAUAUCAGUGGUUUAGAUAAUGUGGCAAAAGUGGAAAAACCUGCCUGACCACACGCGUUACUUCAUGCCUUAUGAUGAUGUCAUAAUGCUCAGCUGGGUGAAGCUGCUGAGAGCUCAAAUCUCAACAAUGAAGCUGGGAGUGCAGAAAAAACCUCAAAAAAUAAGACCCAGGUUGUAAAAUCAAACAGAAUCUUCUUCUAAGAUCCAGUAUAUUUUAUUCACAAGAGACAAACAGCGUGCCAGGAUGGAAACCAUUAAAACCAAGUGAUAGUAUUUAAUACUGAGGGCAUGGGAAUAAAACAAAAAGACAACACAAGACUACCUAAGAUGGCUGAUUUUAUUCUCCUUUUUUAUACUAAUGGAAACUGUAAAUGCAUCUUAUGAACACAUAUUGUAUAUUAUUUCCAAAUUUAUAUCUGAUGCACUUUUGUAUAAAGUCAGACUUGAACUUUUUGUAAAUAUACGUGCGUGUGAAUGAAUAAGGAUAGUGGCAUUAUUGUUUGAUAUGAAGCUGUUUCCACAGUAGCGUUUGUAGAUGUGUGAUGCCGCUCUGCCUGUGGAUGUACUCGUUUCACACAGGUUCGAUAUGUUCACGAUUUGUGUUAAUAUUGGAAUAAAGCCGAGAAAUAUACAA